GGCAGCCGCCGCAGGUCCCCGUGCGCCCGCCCAUGGCGGCCGCGGGGCAGCUGUGCUUGCUCUACCUGUCGGCGGGGCUCCUGCCCCGGCUCGGCGCAGCCUUCAACUUGGACACCCGCGAGGACAAUGUGAUCCAGAAACUGGGGGAGCCCGGCAGCCUCUUCGGCUUCUCGCUGGCCAUGCACUGGCAGCUGCAGCCCGAGGACAAGCGGCUGUUGCUCGUGGGGGCCCCUCGGGCUGUCGCCCUGCCGCUGCAGCGGGCCAACAGGACAGGCGGCCUGUACAGCUGCGACAUCACCUCCCGCGGGCCUUGUACUCGGAUUGAAUUUGACAACGAUGCUGACCCUGCCUCCGAGAGCAAGGAGGACCAGUGGAUGGGGGUCACGGUCCGGAGCCAGGGGCCAGGCGGCAAGGUGGUGACGUGUGCUCAUCGAUAUGAGAAAAGGCAGCACGUUAAUACAAAGCAGGAAUCGCGAGACAUCUUUGGGAGGUGUUACGUGCUGAGUCAGAACCUCAGGAUUGAGGACGACAUGGACGGAGGAGACUGGAGUUUCUGUGACGGCCGACUCCGAGGCCAUGAGAAGUUCGGUUCGUGCCAGCAGGGUGUAGCAGCCACUUUCACUAAAGACUUUCACUACAUCGUGUUUGGAGCACCGGGUACUUACAACUGGAAAGGGAUUGUUCGCGUAGAGCAAAAGAAUAACACUUUUUUUGACAUGAACAUCUUUGAAGAUGGGCCUUAUGAAGUUGGCGGAGAGACUGACCAUGAUGAAAGUCUCGUUCCUGUCCCUGCUAACAGUUACUUAGGCUUUUCUCUGGACUCAGGGAAAGGUAUUGUUUCCAAAGAUGAGAUCACUUUUGUAUCUGGAGCUCCGAGAGCCAAUCACAGCGGAGCUGUGGUUUUGCUGAAGAGAGACAUGAAGUCGGCACACCUCCUCCCGGAGCACAUAUUUGACGGGGAGGGGCUGGCUUCCUCCUUCGGCUACGACGUGGCGGUGGUGGACCUCAACAAGGAUGGGUGGCAAGACAUAGUGAUUGGAGCCCCACAGUAUUUUGAUAGAGAUGGAGAAGUUGGAGGUGCAGUGUAUGUCUACAUUAACCAGCAAGGCAGAUGGAAUAACGUCAAGCCAAUUCGUCUUAACGGAACCAAAGAUUCUAUGUUCGGCAUUGCGGUAAAAAAUAUUGGAGAUAUUAAUCAAGAUGGCUACCCAGACAUUGCAGUUGGAGCUCCCUAUGAUGAUAUGGGAAAGGUUUUUAUCUAUCAUGGGUCUGCAAGUGGAAUAAAUACCAAACCAACCCAGAUUCUCGAGGGAACGACGCCUUAUUUUGGAUAUUCAAUUGCUGGAGAUAUGGACCUUGACAGAAAUUCCUAUCCUGAUGUUGCUGUUGGUUCCCUCUCAGAUACUGUAACUAUUUUCAGAUCCCGGCCUGUGAUUAAUAUUCAGAAAACCCUCACAGUGACUCCUAACAGAAUUGACCUGCGCCAGAAGAUGCCAUCCUGUGGGGCGCCCAGUGGGAUAUGCCUCAAGGUUAAAGCCUGUUUUGAAUACACUGCCAAACCCACUGGUUAUAAUCCUUCAUUAACAAUUGUGGGCACACUCGAAGCUGAAAAAGAGAGAAGAAAAUCUGGGCUGUCGUCAAGAGUUCAGUUUCGAAACCCGGGCUCUGAGCCCAAGUACACUCAAGAGCUGACCCUGAAUAGACAGAAGCAGAGACUGUGCAUGGAGGAGACCCUCUGGCUGCAGGAAAAUAUCCGAGAUAAACUGCGCCCCAUUCCCAUCACUGCCUCUGUGGAGAUACAAGAGCCCAGCUCGCGUAGGCGAGUGAAUUCACUGCCAGAAGUCCUUCCAAUUCUGAAUUCAAACGAACCCAAGAUGGCCCAUACAGAUGUACACUUCUUAAAGGAGGGAUGUGGCGACGACAACGUGUGCAAUAGCAACCUUAAACUAGAAUAUAAGUUUUGCACCCGAGAAGGAAAUCAGGACAAAUUUUCUUAUUUACCAAUUCAACAAGGUGUGCCAGAACUAGUUCUCAAAGAUCAGAAGGAUAUCGCGUUAGAAAUCACAGUGACAAACAGCCCUUCUGACCCAAGGAAUCCCACAAAGGAUGGUGAUGACGCCCAUGAAGCCAGACUUGUUGCCACGUUUCCGGACACCCUGACUUACUCUGCUUACAGAGAACUGAGGGCGUUCCCCGAGAAACAGCUGAGUUGCAUUGCCAACCAGAACGGCUCGCAAGCAGAGUGUGAGCUGGGAAAUCCUUUUAAAAGAAAUUCCAGUGUUACCUUUUAUUUGAUUUUAAGUACAACCGAGGUCACCUUUGAUACCAAAGACCUGGAUGUCAACCUGAAGUUGGAAACAACAAGCAAUCAGGAUAAUUUGGCUUCAAUUACAGCUAAAGCAAAAGUGGUUAUUGAACUGCUUUUAACAGUCUCUGGAGUCGCUAAACCUUCCCAGGUGUAUUUUGGAGGUACCGUGGUCGGCGAGCAAGCUAUGAAAUCUGAAGAUGAAGUGGGAAGUUUAAUAGAAUAUGAGUUCAGGGUAACUAACUUAGGCAAACCUCUUAAAAACCUUGGCACAGCAACCUUGAAUAUUCAGUGGCCCAAAGAAAUCAGCAAUGGCAAAUGGCUGCUUUAUCUGGUGAAGGUGGAAUCCAAAGGAUUGGAAAACGUAGCUUGUGAGCCCCAGAGUGAAAUAAACUUGCUGAAGCUGAAGGAGUCUCACAACUCAAGGAGAAAACGGGAAAUUGCCGAAAAACAGAGAGACGGCAGCAGAAAGUUCUCCUUGAUUACAGAGAGGAAGUACCAGACCCUGAGCUGCAGCGUGAACGUGAACUGCGUGACCCUCAGGUGCCCGCUGCGGGGACUGGACAGCAAGGCCUCCCUCGUUCUGCGCUCGAGGUUGUGGAACAGCACAUUUCUAGAGGAGUAUUCCAAGCUGAACUACUUGGACAUCGUGCUGCAGGCCUCCAUUGACGUGACUUCUGCCGCCGAGAACAUCAAGCUGCCAAACGCAGGCACUCAGGUGCGUGUGACUGUGUUUCCCUCCAAGACUGUAGCUCAGUACUCAGGAGUACCCUGGUGGAUCAUCCUUGUGGCUAUUCUUGUUGGGAUUUUGAUGCUUGCUCUGUUAGUGCUCGCUCUGUGGAAGUGUGGAUUCUUUAAACGCUCUAGGUACGAUGAUAGCAUUCCCCGAUACCAUGCUGUAAGGAUCCGGAAAGAAGAGCGAGAAAUCAAAGAUGACAAAUACAAUGAUAACCUUGAAAAAAAGCAGUGGAUCACGAAGUGGAAUGAGAAUGAAAGCUACUCCUAGGGCGGCCAAAAAAAAAAAGAAAAAAAUGAAAGCUUCUCAUUACCCAAAUGCUCUUUCCCUUCCACCUCAGACAUUCAAGCGGAUUUAAAAGCCUGUUCAAUGCCUUCAGGUUGAUUUCAGACCGACUGCACACAGUACGAAGCUACAGUCUGAACUGUGGAUGUUGUUACGUAGCUUAAGGCUCCUGUUUUGCACAGCCAAAUUUCAGACUGAUGGAGUGGAUUUUUCUUUACCUGCCUUAAUUUAACUUUCCAGGUUGCCUCUGUUUAUGGUGUUGCCGACUUACACGUGCUGGGGGGAGCCUGCUCAGCCACAUGUGUGUGUGGCAUCCUGCUAGCGUGGCCCUGGAAGGCAUGUGCCAGCGCCCGCCCUAACACAGGAGCCGUGCUAACCUUGGUGCUGCCGCUGCAGCCCUGCCUACCCUGGCCAGGCUGGCUGUCCCACAGCAUGAGACUGUGCCGCCGGCGUAGUCGUGUUUCACUUCAAUGUGCUGUCUUAAAUGUGCAAUAGACAGUGAUGUGGCCAUCCUGCCGUCUUUGCCCGAUUCCUAGAUGUGUGAACACUUGGCUCACACGAAAUGCAUGCAGGGGUCAUUCUCCCCCUUCACUAAAACACAUAGGUGCCACAGACUUGAAUGCUAGUUAGACUUAUUUGUAUAUGGUAUUUAUUUUUUUUCUUUUUCUUUUUUUUUUUUUUUUUGGGGGGGGGGAGGUUGUUUUGUUUUGUUUUGGCAAGCCAUUUUGUUAUUGACUAACAGGCCAAAGACUGUCCAGUUUACUCUUCAGGGAGGUUGAAACAAUCAGAAUCGGAACAUGGCAAGUCAUUCCUUAGACCUAAAUUAUAUUUUACUACGAGAAGAACAUAGUAAUUCUUUAUAGAUGUACCAGAGAGUUGUUUUAAUAACUUAAACUGACCUGUAAAUUAGAACGCCUCCUUCCUGGCGGCCUCACCCCCCCCCCCAAAAUGUUUAAGAAAUAGGACUAAGUGUAAGAGGUUUCAUUCUUACCAGACAUUGGAUAUUUCUUUAGCGUGGAGCUCGGUGUGAUAUUUCCGAAUUCCACCCUGUGACCUUCAGGAACUCACAGCUGCAAAUGCUGUAAGGUUAGGACUUGAAAGGAGCAGCGAGUGCCUAAGGUGGAUCCAGAGCGAUCCAUGAUGAGACUACUGAAAGACGGAAUGAGUGCCGCCCCGGUGGGACGUCCCGGCUCCCAAGAGCCCAGAGGUGACGGGAGCUCUGUCAUCCGUGCGUCGAUGUUCUCUCUUUUUGUUUUGUGUCCUCCCCUGUCUGUGUGCCCCAGACCCCUUUAAUAAGAACUUUGGAUUGUUUUUUAACUGUAAAAAUGGUGUGGGGGGGUGGGGUGGGGAGGGAAAGGCAGUUACUACUCUUUACGUCGAAUAGAUACAAAGCAGAGUUUUUAAGUCCUGUGCUUCAGAAUGUUAAGUUAUGUUGGGGCCAGCAGCAAACAGGUGCUAAUUUGCUUGGAUGUGUUCUACACAGUGUCUCAGUCUUCUAAGAGAAAAAAUACAACUGUGCUGCAUUGGAGCAGCACAUUGUUGCUCUGGAGUUUCUUUCCUUUUCUUUUCUGAAAUCUUAUACCCUUGAGAUACAGAAAGAUGUUAUUCUUGUAAUCUUGGAAUUUCCAGUCACAAAGAUAGUUUUACAAAUGCUAUUUUGUUUACAACAUUUUCUCUAAAACAGGUCAUAACAGUGUUGAAAGUCUCAGUUUCUUGCUUGGGUAACUGGGAGCCGGAUGCAGGGGGCUUUACAGGUUACUAAGAAGGUGAUGAUAUUUUGACAGUGUUUAUAGACCUUUGUUAUAAAAACAUGAAUGUCCGGGGUGGGUUGGGGGGACGGGUGGCUCAACCAGGAAAUCAGAGUAUUAUGAUAUUUAAAUUGAUAGUUGUUAAAAAUGUCAUCUCAAGUCAAGUCACUGGUCUGUUUGCAUUUGAUACAUUUUUAUACUAACUAGCAUUGUAAAAUUAUUUCAUGAUUAGAAAAUACCUGUGGAUAUUUGUAUAAAAGUGUGAAAUAAAUUUUUUAAUGAAAGUGUCUGUUGCCUAAUAACACAGCAAUGUAAAAGUGAAGCAAAGUCUGAAAUUGUACAUGACAGCCUGAACUGCCUUCC